AUGUCAAAUGAAACAGCGUCUAUGAGAGAAAUACAACACAACCGACAACUCAUUAUGCAAGCUCUAAAUAAGAACACAACAAACUUUUCAAACUAUUCUAAGAUAUCUGAGUCAUUGAAAGGGGGUGACUUAAAACUGACAAUAAACCCUAUAACAGAUGAGUUUCUAUUUCAAGACAAUAAGAACAAUACUGUCUGUAUAAAUCCAACAAAAGGAACUUUAAACGAGAAACCUAUAAAUGAACUUCUUUUGAAAGCAGAUGUUGACAACAAAGCUGACAAAGAAUAUGUAGACGAUGCAAUAGCAAAAGAAGAAGAAAGAGCUAACAAUGCUUAUGCAACAAAAGAACAUACUCAUCCUGAACUAGCAGACAAAACAUAUGUUGACAAUAAAAUGUCAAGUGAAGUGACAAGAGCUGAAAACGAAUAUUCUAAAAAGACUCAUAUACAUUAUAUUAACCAAAUACCAAGUCUUAAGGAAACAUUAGAGACAAAAGCAGAUAAGACUCAUACACAUUCUAUAUCUGAUAUUACAAACUUACAAGAAACCUUAAACAGGAAAAGUGCCGUUGGACAUACACAUACCAUUGCAAAUAUUACAAACUUACAAGAAACCUUAAACAGAAAAAGUGACAUUGGACAUACACAUUCUAUAUCUGAUAUUACAAACUUACAAGAAACCUUAAACAGGAAAAGUGCCGUUGGACAUACACAUACCAUUGCAAAUAUUACAAACUUACAAGAAACCUUAAACAGAAAAAGUGACAUUGGACAUACACAUUCUAUAUCUGAUAUUACAAACUUACAAGAAACCUUAAACAGAAAAAGUGACAUUGGACAUACACAUUCUAUAUCUGAUAUUACAAACUUACAAGAAACCUUAAACAGGAAAAGUGCCGUUGGACAUACACAUUCUAUAUCUGAUAUUACAAACUUACAAGAAACCUUAAACAGAAAAAGUGCCGUUGGACAUACACAUACAUCUUCUGAAAUAACAGACUUAAACGUUAGCCUUGAAAAUAAAGCAGAUAAAACAUAUGUCAAUGAAAUAUACCAAAGUUUGAUAGGAACAAAAAAUAUUGAAACUAUUGUUGGUGACUUUUCUGUCAAUGAAGAAAAUAAAUAUUUUAGAUGGCAGUUGGUACAGUCCUUAAAAAAUGGUACACGGAAUAAACUCAUUCCGAAAAAUAACAAUGAAAUGUAUGUAAGCUAUAAAAAGAAUGAUGGUACACAAGUUAAAGUUCCAUUAGACAACAACUGCUACUUAAACUUAUAUGGAGACUAA